AUGUUCGAAUCUCGUUGGAUUUGCAAUAGUUUUGAACAAUUCCAUUUUGAUUUAUUCAAUACAAAAAGUGGACCUGGAUUCACCACUACAAAAAUAAACGGGAAAUUUCUUACGUCUCAGAAUUUAAUUCAUAUACUCGUUUGUCUAAAACCAUCAAUUAGAGAUAAAGAUGAAUUCAUCGAUCAAUGCAUAAAAGCGUUGAAAAAAGAUAAUACAAAUUUAUCAAAAGAUAUUCAAGACUUUCGAAAUAAUUAUACAUCCAACGAUGCGUUGACAUAUUAUACAAAACCUACUUUCUUCUUUAAAUUAUUAAAUCACGGUUUACGAACAUGUGCUAUUGAGCUACUCUUUCUUUACCGUUUUUUCGUGCGUGAUAUAUUCGAUCGGUUAGAGGAAAAUCAGUGUCAACAUUCAAUUCGCGUUUACCGUGGACAAAAGAUACAGAAGACAGAAAGACAACAACUCGAACAAUCUAUUGGGGAGCUAAUAUCUGUUACUUCAUUUUUGUCAACAUCACUCAAUCGAAAAGUAGCCAUUCAAUAUCUUGGUGAUACAAAAAUUCAACCAAACGAAACUAAUGAGCAACAGAUGAAAAACAACAGUGAAGAAUACAUCCUUUUAGAAAUAGACGCUGAUCCAAAAUGUCGAAACACACCAUUUGCUGUUAUCGAAGAAAAUGCUGCAAUAUCUGAGGAACAGGAAGUUCUUUUCGGCGCUGGUUCGAUAUUUCGUCUGAAAAGCAUUCGCCUUGAAAAACAAAAUCAUGGAUAUCAUCCUAUUUGGAUACUCGAAAUGGAAUUAAGUAAUGGAAAUGAACAUGAAUUAAAGGAUCUCAUUUAUCGCUUUCGUUAUAGUUAUGCAAACGAAGAAAGAACUGAAUUAUCUCUCAGUUCAUUGGGUUUAAUGCUUUGUAGUAUACAAAGAAUCAGAUUCGCAUCAAAAUUAUUUCAACGCAUUCUACGCGAUCCUUCAUUGCUUAAUACAGUUGAACAAGCUCGUUGUCAAAGAAUUAUGGGUCAUAUUUCAAGCGCUCAACAUCAUUAUUGGCAAAGCUUACGUUGGUACAGAAGAUCGCUUACAACGUACACAUUAAUUAAUUCUAAGAAUUCUUAUUCCAAAGAUAUUGCAUCGGUGUACGAUGCAAUUGGCAAUGUUUAUUUAGUCAGAAAACAAUAUAGACAAGCCCAUAUAUCAUAUCAACAGUCCCUGUCUCUGUGGCAACUGUUUUACGACAAAAAUCAAGACCAAGAAGAAAUAGCAUACUGCUUCUUACGUCAAGCAGAUGUUUAUUUAGCUGAAAGUCAUCUCGAAGAAGCAAGUGAACUGGUUAGAAAAGGAUUAUAUAUGCUUUAUCGGUGUCAUUGGAGUAAUACGAUUCACGCUGAUCUAGUUUUUGCUCAUUCUAAACUUGGUGAUGUUCUAGUGUCAUUGAAAUUGUUUGAUCUUGCUGUUGAUCAUUAUAUUGAAUCAUUGAUCGUUUCUCGAAAAAUUUUCUCUGAAGACGAUAGUUUUCUGUUCUCAAUAUAUAGUGAUCUACAAAUAGUUUGUGAAAAAGCAGACAGAAACUUUGACCAAUUAUUAGUGGACAACGGUAUUCCAGUUAUUGAAGAUCAAAUUCAUGUUGAUCAUUUCAGAAACAAUAAUGGCACGCCGUAUCAAAUGAUUUUUAAAUGUCCUCGAUGUAAAAAAUGGCAGUGGAUUUUCACUGUCUUUCGGCCGAUAAAGCGAUGGGUAUGCACUGGGUGUUGGAAAAAACGUUGUCCACGUCUUAUGUCUUAUUUUUGGGUAUUAACGUAA